AUGCUAAGACGUGCAGCCUUGCCUCUGUUGAGGCCCCGAUCCGUCCGGCCUCUGAUUCCUCAAGGACUGACCCAGAUCCCAUUGCGAUACUACUCCAAAGGAGAUCGACCGGCAAAGGACGCAGAGUACAAGAUUCCGGGUACCUCAAAAGACUCACCGCAGCCAAAGGAACCCUUGCGAAAAGUCCCUUUUGUUCAACCCUCCCAGACACCAAAGCCUGAGCCUCGCUCAGACUCGGCGCCUACCACUCCAUCCCCUCCAUCCCCAAAACAGCAGAGUCCUUCUGAACAUCCUACAUUCGGCUCCGAUGCGACUCGAGAUCUUGAUGAUGUCUCAGCAUCGGUGGCUCAAGCAAGUAAGAGAUCUUUGAAGGAUGGAGAGGGACAACAGCGAGACGUCGAGGACGAGCCAGUGGCACCCCGAACAGCAAACGUGGCUGCGGAACAAGAAAAUCUCGAAGAACGUGACCAGACAACCCAGGGUCAAUCUCAACAACCUCUACCUGAUCUGACCAAAGGCAUCCCGUCGACCUUGGACGCGGAACUUCGCCAGGCAAGGUCGAAACAGAGCUCCCACGCCCGGAGCCUCAACAUCACCGAAGAUCCCUCGGAAGAGCUGCCUAGCGGAGCACGUGGACGAGAUCGUGGUGAUAUUCCUCGGGAAGAAUAUGUCUCUUCCAGUGAUCGAAAGAAGAAUGCGGCGUUCAGAUACAUGUACAUUAUCUUGGGGUUGGGCUCCGUCGGCUUCUCAGUAUACCUGGGCCGCAACUGGGCAGACGAAGAGGAGGAGAAGAAACAUCCUGAUGCCCCCUCGGGAUGGGGCUUCAAACCUUUCUACAACAGAGUCACUGCUCGUCUGUCCUCAACCCUGAGCUACUACCGAGAUCCCGUCACGACGAAACUCCUGCCAGACGAGGACCCGGACCCCAAUUUCCGAUAUCCCUUUGUCCUUGUCAUAAGCUUGGAGGACAUGCUCGUGCAUUCUGAGUGGACACGUGAAAAGGGUUGGCGGAUAGCCAAGCGACCAGGCGUGGACUACUUCAUUCGCUACCUCUCGAGCUACUAUGAACUUGUCCUCUUCACCAGUCAGCCUAUGGCAGUGGUGGAACAGGUGCUUCGAAAGUUGGAUCCUUACUCCAUGAUUCGAUGGCCUCUGUUUCGCGAAGCGACAGUGUACAAGGACGGUGGUUAUGUUAAGGACCUCUCGUAUCUCAACAGGGACCUGAAGAAAGUGCUCAUCAUGGACACUGACCCCCAUCACGUGAAGCAUCAGCCUGAGAAUGCCAUCAUCCUGCCCAAGUGGAACGGCGAUCCCAAAGACCAGACGCUGAUUCAAUUCAUUCCCUUCCUGGAAUAUCUGGCAACAAUGGGGUUUGAAGACGUCCGAGAGGUUUUAAAGUCGUUCGAAGGGACGUACAUACCUGCCGAGUUCGCUCGAAGAGAGAAACUCUUGCGGGCCAAGUUUGAGGCCGAGGAAGCAGAAAAGCGCAAGAAGCGACCCAAGAAGAGCCUCGGAAAGCUUUCGUCAAUGCUGGGAAUGUCAGGCCACAGCGCUGAUGGAACGCAGAGCUCUGAGGAGGGAGCGUCCGAGGGCAAGAUGCUCUGGGAUCAGAUCAGGGAGCGUGGUCAGAGACAAUAUAUGGACCUGGAGAAGAAAAUCCAAGAGGAAGGUGCAAAGUUUCUAGCUGAACGAGAAGCAGAAGAAAAGAGGGCUCAAGAAGAGGCAUACCAAAGCAUGAAGCCCAGUAAUUGGUUUGGAGGUCUGUCAGGCAGCAAAAAAGUCGAGGAAGCAGAGAAAAAGUGA